AUGGCUGCUGCCGAUCAACAGGAACUCCAAGGCUCCGAUGACGUAGCAGAGCAUCUGCCGCCGCCUGAAGCCAUCGCCGGCCUCGAACAUGCGGAAGGCAUAGGACUCGGGUCCCUUGAGUUAGAUACAGUUUGCAGUGCCUACAUGGCGACACCUCCGCUCCCCGAAUUCUCGCUCGCCUCAGCCCUGAUGGAUUCGGCUCUAUCGACUUGCGGUGCCACAUCCUUCUAUACCAACCAGUCGCCCGUGGCCGGGGGCAGCUCCCUUUUACAGCAAGAUGGAAUCGACACCCAGACACAAGAGACAGAUACAGUUAUGACUAUCCGCUCCCCCAGUCCACGUGAUUCGCCUCGUUCUGGUGACGCCAGCUUCUCCUGGGCCGACGAGGCAACCGAGAGCGCUAUUGUUUUACCGGCAGUAACAUCUCCGACAAAGUAUUGUCCAAUGCCUUGGCCCGCAGACAUGGUUGAAUCUCCCCAGCGGCGGUUCUUGUGGCAGCAUUUUCUCCAGGUCACUGAAAAGGGCUUUCUAUGCUUCGACGUGGAGAAUCUGGAUGACAGCAAUUCAUUCCAGGACCCUUUCAUCGUCACGUUACCGCAUCUCGCAAUCUUCAGUGACACCCUCCGAAAGGCAGCACUAUGCUUUAGUUCCUUUCAAUACAACUCACUUGGCCGGGUUGACGACUAUUCCUGCGCUUUCCCUGACGUCGCACGCGACGCAUCCCGGCAUUUCUUGACUAGUACCUCUGCCAUUACCCAGGCGAAAGACCCUCGCGAGACUCUGGCAACGAUAGCUGCCGGCACUCUUUUGCAUCACUUUAGCCCCGACUGCCGGCCUCCUUACUUACAAUUGGCCAUCCGCCUUACCUCAAGCCUCCUCGGAGAACCAAGCAGCCGCAGCAGCGUGCCACAAAUAAUCGUCGACGUUGUUCUGACCUUGCUGCGCUGGACAGUCAUCUCGUCUACGUGUUCUCUCAUCACGUGGCAAAAUCACCGUACGCUCCAGCAUGUACGGUCCUUGGAGCUAGCAGACGAUCAGGUUGGCCAGAACCUCUCCCACUACUCACACAUAUUCAACAAUUGGAUCGAUCACCCUCUGUAUGCUUUCUCUCCACGACUCGUCAACCCACUACUACGCAUCGGGGUGCUUCUCCAGCUACGUCAACUGAUUAGCACUCAUCAGCAUGUACCAGAGGGCUCGGGCCAUUUCCAAGAUGCGGUUUCGGAGGCCGAGGACUCCCUUCUCAAUGCCCAAGCGCAGGACUUGGACACCCUUGCCACGAGGACGACAACCGAUCCGGACCAGAUCCUAUACCUCAACGAGGCGAUGCGCGCUACAGCGUCCAUCCUCCUCUACGCUCGACUUCGGAAUAUGCCAUUUACGGCCCCCUUUAUCCGUCGUCUCGUCAGGAUCGUGGUUGAUCAGAUUGCCAAGAUAAAAGUCAAUUCUCGAACGUACUUUGCCGUAAUAUUCCCUCUCUUCACCGCCGGUUGCGAAGCAGCUGAUUUGGAGCUGCGAGAACAAAUUGAGUUUAUGCUAAGGACUCCAAGAGGGCUGUCUUACAAUCGGGGGGAUCUCAUUCCAGCGCUGGAACACAUAUGGCAAAUACGAGAUCUGGAUCCUGGAUUGGAGUGGCCCCUCUGGUUGGAGAAAGUCGAACCUCAGCACCGUAUUGGUUGUUUGAUGUAA